GACUUUGCGCCCCUAUAUUCUUUCUUCCUCAUCAAAAUAUGCAUCGAGCAGCAACAGUUCCCACCGUCCCAUCGUCUUUCACUGUACGACUGAAUUGAGUGAAAACAUAAUCGAUCCCGUUCGCCUUACUUAGGAGCUAUGAGUACGUCCGACGGGUCUCAGACCUUCGACAGUAAUACUUGGUAUCAUCUCACGGAAACUCGUGUCGACGAUGACCCGACCGAACAGUUCAAGUCGUCCUUGCAGAUAUUAGACGAGGGCGGCCUUCGAGUUUUCCAAUGGAAAGUGCUAGGAGACAGCAGCAACCCGCACUUGUGGCAGUUUCAACCUAUCGACAAUAUUCCGAAUCGAUAUCAGAUCCGCAACGGCAAAACCACUACCCGCCGACAACUGUCGGUAUGCUUUAAUCCAAAUGAGGAAGAUAAAAGCAAAUCACGACCAUGUAUGGCUGAGUCGGCGAAUGUGGAUGAGCAAAAAUGGGAGUUCAUCCCAUGGGGCGACGUCAUUGGAUCGUACAAGAUCAUAAAUGCGAAGAAUGGGAGCGAUUACAACGUGGAUGUGCAUCCCGGAAGUGCGCUUUUUAUGUCCAGCGACCUAGACGAAUCGGUACCGAGACCAGCGCAGCGAUGGCUGAUAUCGAGCUACACCACUGUCAAUGAUGGCAUAUAUUCGACAACAGUCGUAGGGGGCUCGAAAACCGCAUCCUCUUCUCCUGCAUCCACAAGUGCCAUACCAACCACUACCUCUCCAUCGCCCGAAUCAACUUCAACCGAGCCGGCCGCCGAGCCGGCCGCCGAGCCGGCCGCCGAGCCCGCCUCCGAGAGUUCAUCUUUGUCAGCAGGCGCAGCAGCUGGUAUCGGGGUUGGCGUGGGUCUUGCCGUGAUAUUCGUUGUGCUUGGCGCGCUGUUUCUGAUAUGGCGCAGGCGUGGAAAGAAAAAGGCGGGGGCAGUCGUCGAAUUGGAGAGUCCAGCCAACCCGGAGGCGCCUCCUGCUGAACCAAAGCCCGCCGCCUUCGGGUAUUACUCUCCUGGCUCCGACACGGAGAAAAAGACCGCAACUGUGCCGCUGCAGGAGGUGGAAGGCUCGCAAGUGCAGGAGAUGGAGGGAUCAAAACCGGAUGCCGCGCCCGCGUCCCAACCUCUCUCGCCCGCACCCCAAACUCUCUCGCCCGCAUCCCCUCAACAAACCCCUCAACAAACUGUCUCGUCUGAAUCCCCCCAACGUUUCUCAACCUAAACAUUAAGUUUCUCCUUCACACCCCCCCUCUCUCGGGCGCUGUACAUAUACCUUGCCACGCAUUUACAUCUGGGAGCACGGCAUUGCGUGUGGUCCUAGGGAUACCCCACGGUUCCAUGUGAGGAACACUAGUCAGAAUACACUGGUAAUGGAAUUAGGAG